GAAGUUGCCAGCUGCAUCGAUGGCGUGACACCAGAGAUCGAUGAAACAACAGCUGUUCAAGAACGUUAUGCUUUUGCUCGUUUCGACGCAAUCAGGUGCAACAAGUGCUCGCGAAUAUACCCUCAUCGAUAUUUCUGCAACAGUAAGAUCUGCUACAUUCACGAUAAUUUCUUGUCAUUUUAUUCCGAUGUCCACUUAAGUGAAUAUGGAGAAUCUGUGCUGGCCAGGAUGUAUCGCAAUGAAAUUUCGUAUUUGCGUGCACGUGAUCAGAUUCCGUGA